GCUCGCCUUGCCGUCCUCAUCAUGGCUCCGAACCAGCCGCCGUCCUCCUUGGCAAGGAGCAGACGAGCCAGUGGUCCCUCGAUUUCCAGACCGGAGACGAACGUCAAGCCGAAACAGAGGCACCGGUAGAUAGGGGCGCACCGGGGGUAAGCCUCCUCUUGGCACCCUGGUCUCCUCGAUGUCUUCGUCAAGAGCCACGUACAGCCAUUUGACAAAGAGGGGUGCGAACCCGGGCGGCGGCGGCGGCGGCAACGGCAGCAGUGGCAGCGGCAGAAACAUGAACAGGGAUUAUUCUAUUAAUCUAUCAGUGCAGCAAGUGCUGAGUCUCUGGGUGCAAGGCACGGUACCGAGGCUCCAACACUUUACAGAGAUGUGGUACUGGGUGUUCCUGUGGUGUCUGUUCUCGUCUCUGUUUGUGCACGGGGCGCUGGGCCUGCUGAUGCUCGUCAUGCUGCAGAGACAUCGGCGCGGACGCCUCAUCACGCUAGUGCUCAUCAGCGUCGGAUUCCUGGCCUCCCUCACAGGGGGUGUCAUCACCAGUGCAGCAGUAGCAGGUGUGUACCGUGGAGCAGGCAAGGACAUGGCACCGCUGGAGGCCCUAGUGUUUGGCGUGGGCCAAACCACCCUCACCGUCCUCAUCUCCUUCUCCCGCAUCCUGGCCACUCUCUAAUUGGACACGCAGAGUGACUGACACACCUGUCCACCAAUGGACACAAGGCACAGGCAGGAAGAAGUGGGACUGGGCUUGCGAUAAGUCCAGCAUGGGGAUGCAAAGGAAUGGAGGCUGGAUGUGAGCAUGUCAGCCGCACUGGAUGUGAUGCAACUUCCUCUGGACAAACGUUGUCUGGCGCUAAGGCCAGGGACUUGGAUGAAGGGCCUCUUUGACGAGCACCGACGCAUCUAUCUGGUGGCCCGUACGAGAUACCUAUGGACAACACAGCCGCAUUCAGUGGCCGCCCUGCCGACUGAACUGAUACUUUGCGCGUCUAUGUCCGACCGUGCCAACGGCCUUUGGCAAGUCAAGCCAGCAUUGUAGAGCAGCGUAACAACAGCAUGGCUGUCUCUCCUGAAAAAUCUCCUCAUUGCUUUCUGAUGUUUUGUUGCACUUGCGGGAGUAAAAAAAAAAAAAAAACAUCUCCCACUUAAAAAAAUAAAAAAAACAGUGAAAUAGUCAGAACCGUAAGGUUAAAUAAAAAAAAUAAUAAUUAACUACAGUUUCUGUCGAGAUCUAAAACAAACAAAUGCAAAUGCCACGUACACACUCUCUGGCUAUUCUGACCAUUCCUUCUCGUGUCAUGGCUGGACUGCAAGUCUAACAGUGCUCAUAUGUGUUUUUUGUGAAGGACAAACGCAAGAAAUGGCUAAUGCUUUUGCACUUUCUAAAUGUUGGAAUCUGCCACCUCUCCUGACUAAGAGUCGUGUGAAUUCCUCUUGCCAUUGAGGCUGCAUUGAACAGCAAAAAAUGCCUCAGUUACCAUGAACACAGAAACAGUGCAGUUCAUUUAUGUUUGUUUACAAACAAGCUGUACACUAUAGCAGGAAAUAAUAAUAAUUAUUAUGCUUUGGAAGUUUUGAAAACUUUGUUUGAAGUUUCUUGGAAGUCACUUCUUGUGUAGUCUGUGUCACCCAUAGCUAUCAUGCCAUUCUAAACAGGAUGAAGUGUGUAAACUGUGUUGUGCAGCAAAACUUCAGUUAAUUGUAAACUGUACAGGAGAGGUCUUCAUGUUAACUGGGGCAUUGGUGCCAUGCUUUCAAAGUAGGCCUAGUGUUCGUAUAGUGGUUGUGGUGCGUGUACAUCUUUUUUAACCUUUUCCUCUCCUCUUCUCUUCCCAUCUCCACCCUCUUUAUCCAGCAUUUUUGAGGCAAUAGAACCCCCAAAACUACCCUCAAACUACCCCUACCUACCCCCACCCAGCUCAGAUGCUGGGUAAGAUCUCCCUUUGUUUACCCUCAAGCCUUACAAAUGGAACUGAGGUUUUCUUUUGUGUGUGAAAAGAGUGACUCGCAGCACUACUGUUUUAGGUGUCUGCCCCAAACUUUCCGCUCCUCAUUUUUAACUCACAGGAACUCCCUGCGUAAGGAGUAGCAUUGGGUAUCCAUCGAGUCUUACAUGGCUAUGUUUUUUGUAGUUUAUAAUGUCGUAAUUUUCCAUUUUUCUUAACCAAGAUGUGCUUAAGUCAUGGCUAGUGAUUUACACUGAUGCUAGAUCGAGAAAACUCUUCAAAACAUGUAAAAACCUCCCCAGAAUAUUUGUUUGGGGCAAAACAAAUUGGGCUUUGGGAUAUUACUGAUUAUAGAAAACCCAUGAUAUGUGAAGAGUUUUAGAAAUUUGGAAAAUCCGGUUCUUAACUGAUCAAAACAUGUUGCCAUGGAGGUUCUGUAAGGCUUUGUCCCCUGGCUCCCUGGUCCCCUGGCUCCCAAGGUGCUGUUUGACAUGGUAGAUAAGUGCUCUAAAGUUGGGCUGCAACAAUUACUCAAUUAAUCGAUUAGUUCUCAACUAUUGAAUUUAUCACCAACUUUUUUGUAAUCCAUUAAUCGAUUGGAGUACUUUUUAAGGGGAAGAAUCUGUGAACUGGUUUACUUACUGCUCUAUGACAAGUGAAUAUCUGGUGUAGACAAAACAAGGCAUUUGAGAACCUCAACAUUUUUUCACAAUUUUAUAGACCAAACCACUAAUCUAUUAAUUGAGAAAAUAAUUAAGAAAUGAAUCAAUUAUGAAAACAAUUGUUAAUUGCAGCCCUACGCUGAAGCUCUUUGCCUUCCUGUGUUAUUAUGUAAUCUGGGCUCUGGUCGGCCAAUGGCUGAUGGUUUAUUUGCCGUAAACCUCUGGGUUCAGGGGUCAGGGAUGAACCUGUGUUGUCAUUUCCUUUUUCUCCCAGUGGGUUUUUUCCAUUAUGAAGAGGGAAUGAUUGUGAAGUUAGUCUCUGUGGGGAACCAUUGAGAAGAUUGACAGUGUUGAAUGUGUUUAUUUUUUCUUAUUAUUUUGAUUGGACUUGAUUGGACUAUUAUUAUUGGAAGUAAAAAGGAAAUGUUAACUUUAACUUAAAUUUAUUAAGUUAAAGGGAAAUACAUCUUAUUUGAUACUGCACAUAUGGCUUCCCAAGCCUCUCAUAUUGCCAUUGACCUGUUUGUGAAAUCAAAUUCAAUUUCUCGGGAAGGUGUCCAAGCUCCCCAAGUCUUUUGUUUGUCCAAACAACUCAGACCCACUUUAAGAGCAUGGGUGAUCUUUCCAAUGGAUUCAAUGCGUUUCAUUAUAGACUAUGAUGAAACCAUUAAAGUGAUUUUAUGAACAAAGGAUGAGGACAUUUAAUUCACAUGGUCUGGCUGAGUUUAUAAGCAAAUCGCUGGCUGUGUGAAGUCAAUUAUGAGGUAGUGUCUGUGUAACAAGCUGAUACCAAUGCACUGCUACUGUAUUGACAAAAGUGUUUGUGUUAAUUUAUGCCAAAGCAUUCCCAAGCACAUUAGCUUUAGUUGUGUAAUAUUUUUUUUUAAAGAAAUAAUUUACAAAUGUUUGUUUUUAAUACAAUGUGAAAGGUAUUAUAUUAAAUGUUUUUAUCAUUACAUAUCUGAGCUCUUCUGAGUCCAAAGGCAACAGAACAAGUUGUUGUGAUAUAUCUGAAUGAUCCUUAAGUAUGAAUACUGCAUUUAGCAGUCUUUUAUUUAUUUAUUUUCUUACUUAUGUAACUGUCAUGAUUCACCUUCAGUACUGAUCUUGAACACAAGUGGGCGCCAGUGUGAUGUACUUGGCCCUCAGUACCCAAACUAGAGAGAGUAAAAGAAAGAAGUGAUUGUUCCCUUGUGUAGGCCUACAGCAGAUGUGUACAGCUGUAUCAGUCAUGGAACAUUUAUAUGUUUUUUUUGCCCAAAUUGUUUUAUGUUUUCAUUCGGAAAGCAAAUUAUUGGCUAUUAAAGUUGUGGCAGAAACUAUGUUGUAGGGAAAUUGUAGGAAAAAGAUUACUCAAAAAUGUUACAUCAUCUUAAAAAUCCAUUAAUGGUCAAAAAUUAAAUAAUGUCAGCCGUCUCAGACAUAUAAAAUGCAAUGAGGAAGAUAACUAAUUUUUAGAGUUGAAUGCCACCAGUUUCCUUAUGCAAUCCUUAUGGGUAGUAUCGAGCGUACAUAUGAAUGACCAUUAUAACCUAAUGAAGUCAGGUUUCUGCUCUGUUUCCAAAGCAGUAGCUUUUGCGUUGUCUGUGUAGUCUUUUCCAUUGCGCUAGUGGCUGUGUGUGUUUUAGCUGAUAAAGUGACACUGUGUGUUUUCAAUGGUGGCUGAAAAACAACUGUGACAUCUGAGUGUAGUUUUUUUUCCUAGGUGUGUGUGUGUGUGCCUGUGUAUGUGUAUGUGUGUGUGUGUCUGUGCAUAGUGGAACAUAUAUUAGUGCAUAAUGCUGUUCUGUACGUCAAGGCAGUUUUACUAGUGUAGCCGCUCGCUGCUAAAAUAGAAGAUGACGUUUUCACUCCCGACUACUAGUCUACUGCAUUGUCCAGGGAAACUUCAGAAAGUGUGUGGAGACUGACCUCUGGGGGUGACCUUUGUAGACACAGACAUCAAUGCAAACUUGAGGUCUUGGCACCAAGAAGUGAUUCACUCCCAUUAUGGGAUCAGGCCUGAUGAUCUUGAGUGUUACGUUUGAGGGUUUUUUUUUUUUUUUGUUUUAUUUACUUUUAUUUUCCAUGCCAAGGGCCAUCCUGAAAUGUCUUAUUUUAUGUGACAAACCUGAAAACUCCCUUGCAAACAAAAAAAGGCUCUCUAAGUGAAUGUGAAGGGUUCAUUUUGGUUUUACUGUCUUUAAAUCUAAUUUGUUGUUGCCUUCCUAGCCUUUGUAUGGGACCCAUUAAUACUCUUGCUUGUUCUUUUCCUGAGAGGAGACUAUUUUGCGUUCAUGAAUUUGCACAUUGGCCCUUUACUGUACAUAAAAAAUUAUUAAGUCACCUGGAUGGACUUGUAUUGUAUCCACAGAGUGACCAGUCAUAUACACAACUGAAGUACUUUUAGAGGGCAGUAUUUCAGUACAUGUAAGAUGUGUUUGUCUAACAGGAAUAGUCCUGUUUUUAAUUCUAAUAGAGACUGGUGUUUAUUUGUCAUGUGUGGUCGAUACAAUGAGUGUGUGAAGGUGGGAAUCGGCAGGUUCUAGGCCCCAUGUCAUGGAUGUGACUGUGUGUAGUUGGUGGUGGUGCGGGGAGCACUGUACUAUACUGGUAAAGUGGGAGGUCAGAGUCACUGGUGAUCUCGCUACAGUCCGGUACAGAUCUCCAAAUGCCAUAUCUCUGGAUCCUUAAACCACCUGCAGAGAUGAGAAGAGCCAUAUCUGUCUUCUGUGUUUUUCACCAAAUCCACACCGCACUCAAUCAACGUCCUCCCUCCCUCCCCCACCGCUCACACACACACAAACACACACACACACACACCUAUCCAUGUGCCUGCCCGUACUGUACACCGGUGAUUGAUUGCAUGCGUGAAGCGAUUGUUAAGUCAGAAAUAUUUGUUUGCGGGCCAGGAUUAGGACAAUCCUUAAUACGUCGCUCUGCAGAAGGAAGAACCCAAGUGGCACCUGUAGAUACUGUUUAAUAUGUUCUUUUUUAAUUUUCUACUGGCAGACAGCUGUGGUUUAUAAAUGGCUUAUUUAUGUACAAAAGGUAUCCUGUACAUACCCUGCCAUCAAUUGAAAUAAAAUCUUUUGCAGUAAAAAAACA